CCAGUCACAACGUCAGUAGAUACGUUAGCUUUGCAUAAUUACUUUGAACAUUCUCAUUACCUCGUAUCAGUUUAUUCGUUAUAUAUAGCCAUUACUUUCAUUAUCAAUUCUCAUCAAACAAGAACAUAAAUCAUCACACAACAAUGGCUAGAGAAGAACAGAGCAGCAGAUGGAGUCUUCAAGGCAUGACCUCUCUAGUCACUGGCGGAACCAAAGGCAUUGGGCAUGCUAUAUUAGAGGAACUUGCAGGCCUUGGGGCAACGAUACAUACGUGUGCCAGAGACGAGUCUCAGCUUAACCAAUGCUUAAAAGAAUGGGAAACGAAGGGCUUCAAAGUCACAGGAUCAGUCUAUGAUAUAUCAUCCCAUACCGAUAGAGAGAAACUGAUGCAAAAUGUCUCCUCUCUGUUUGAAGGCAAACUCAACAUCCUCAUAAACAAUGUAGGGACAUGUGUGACAAAGCCAACCACAGAAUCUACAGCUGAGGAUUUCUCAUAUCAAAUCUCACCAAAUUUGGAGUCUGCAUACCAUUUGUGUCAGCUUGCUCAUCCUCUACUCAAAUCCUCUGGAUCUGGAAGCAUCGUCUUCAUUUCCUCUGCUGCUGGAGUUGUCUCAUGUAGCGUUGGAUCCAUCUAUGGUGCAACCAAAGGAGCUAUCUGCCAGUUGGCGAGGAACUUAGCGUGCGAAUGGGCUGGAGACAACAUUAGGGCUAACUCUGUUGCUCCUGGAGUCAUUGCAACUCCUCCAGCUAAAACUUUUAUACAAGGAGAAGAGUUUGCAAAGAGCAUUGCGCCCAAUAUACCGAUGCGGCGUGCUGGAGAGCCAGAAGAAGUGGCUGCAAUGACUGCGUUUCUGUGUCUUCCUGCAGCUUCUUACGUUACAGGCCAAACCAUAUGUGUUGAUGGAGCUCUCUCCGUUCAUGCCUUCUAA